CAGUCAAAAACUACCCAUGGUUGCGAGAAACGGCCUUCAUACAACGACUUUAGCCCUCCACCAAACGCACCAGAGCAAACUGACAUCUCGAUCUACGAUUUGAUUACGAGUCCCGCUUCGUCGCCAACAUGACGACUCCUCUUCGCCCUUCUGUGCUCAACAGCAUGAGCACUCCUCCAGUCACCCCUGAUUCGCUGUCCACUGCAGCAAAAGACACUAGACCUACAGGUCAAUCAUUUUCGGCGCUGACCCCUCCAACGUCGCCGCGUCAAAUACAAUCCUUAUCCAACCUUUCCAAUAUCGCAGCAGCGCAAGAAACCCCCUCGAUCUCGAAACAUGAUCAGCGACGUGAACCACUCCAACCUAUACACACCAAUGUAAGGGAUGCCACGAUGCGAGCCGCGAAAAGGUCUGCACCCGAAUGUCCAUUCGAUGUCGAAAUCCUCAAGGACCAACGAGGACGCGACGCCAUGUUCGGCACCGGCGCGUGGAGCAUCGUCUACAAAGGCACUGCAUCUACCAAAUCUGGAAACCUUUCGAGCGCGUUGACACCACCCUCAUCUCCAAUUGUGACCGCACCACUUCUGGUCGCCGUCAAGAAGCCCACCCGCCGCGAUUCGACCGAGGUCCUCAAAAGCGAAGCCAAGAUCCUCAGCUAUCUCCAGGCCAUGCCCCACAACGAGGAAUACGUAGUCCCCUUCUACGGCACCAUUGACCAGGCCACGAUCGUCCUCGCAGCCAUUCCUUACUCCUUGGAAGACCAUAUCCGCAAAUGCGCCGUCUCGGCGUCCGAAAACUUCUCGACCUGGACCAUGCACGACCCCGUAGUCGGCAGCACAGCCAAGUGGCUUCGUCUAGCCCACCAGCUCAUCUCCGCGCUCGCGUGGCUGCACAAUGUCGCGGAGGUGGUUCACGGAGAUAUCAAGCCUGGCAACAUUCUCCUGGCGAACGUGAAAGGUUCAGGUACAGAAGUGACAUUCGACCCGGUUCUGGCGGACUUUUCGUCGGCGCAACUACUCAAUCUCGAAGAGACGACGCCCAAUACACUUUCCGCCGUGACUAGGGAAUUCACGGCGCCGGAGCUAUUGAGCUCCAAGGUCCUGCGCGACCCGAACUCGACGGCAACGACAGCAUCGGAUGUAUUUUCGCUGGCCAUCACGUUGCUGGUCGCGGCAACAGGGCAGAUGCUCGUUUACGGAGGCAGUGUUCUCCAAAGGCAAGCCAUGGCGACACAGGGAUGGAUGGUUCUCGACCAUGUCCGAGGUGGAGAGCAGGGUGCGAGAGUGCCGAGGAUGGGCACGGUCGAUAGGGCGCUUGCUCGAGCAGUUCUCAAGGCUGAUAUGGGACGCAUCAGUGCUCUGGACUGGCUGGAUGUGGUGGAGGAUGUUGUCAAGGGAGAGCAGCCACGGAAGAAUACGUGAUGACUGAUGACGCAUUACGCCGGAGUAAGGAAUGCGCGAUUGAAGGUCAUGUCGCCAACUGGGUUGGAAUACAAACCCGCGAAGGAUUGACCAAGCAGCCUUACCGCACAAUGCAAGUGCAGCUUUACGUCGGCCAACCACCAAGGCCACUUCACACGACUAGGCUCAUCCGGCGGUGAUUGCGGCCCAACCCCGAGCUGUUUGCAACCCUUUGC